AAUAAUGCAGUCGUGUUAAUUUCUCGUCUUUUUGAAAGCCUACACUAUUUUCCAUCUUUAGGUGUUAUAUAUGCAUCCUCGAACUACACUCAGCCCCUCCUCAGACAACAACUUAUUCUCACAGUACACAAAACACAUAACACAAAAAACCACCUCCCACCCACACACACACACUUUUUUGUGUCACUUUGGCUCUGUCAGAUAUGCAGAGAGGCAGACGGCAGACAGGAUGAGAAGAAGACGAAGACCACCUCUCACAUGAUACAAUGGAAAUGUGGCUGAAACGGACGAUUCUUAUGGUGUUUCUCGCAGGAGCAGCAGCAGCAGCAGCUCUGGAGAGAUCAGCUCAAGCUCCGCUCACUGUGAUUGUGGAUGAAAAUCAAAACAGAGCGGAAGCUGCUCCUGGUUCCUCUCUGACUUUCCACUGUAGACUGAAUAUAGAAACUCAAAACAGAUUUCGGGUGAACUGGCAGUUUCGUGGACCUUCAUCCAAUAACUCACUAAAAGUACUGGAUGACAAGGUGGUUAACAAGUCUGCAAAGACCUCCACAGUGGUGACGAACAAAACAAAGCAGGAGUCGAGGGAUGAAGGGACUUUGUCAAUUUACACUUUAUCAAAUGCAACAGAGGACGACAGUGGAUGGUACUAUUGCAAAGUCACAAUAGAGAUUCCCUCAUUACGUGUUAAGACCAGCAAUGGAACAGAAGUAGUUAUUACAAAGAGCAUCCAUCACACAACAAGCCCGUCACUACCCAUAGUGACGGGUAAACAAGCAACUGUGUCUCCCACAGGCCGCAUCCCCAUCAUCAACCACUGGUUCUGGAUCAUACUGGGAGUGUCUGCUUUCAUCCUGAUUGCCCUGCUGCUCACGUGUGUCUGUCUGAGAAGAAGACGCAGCAGAAGCAGAGGAGAGGAUCCUAUCUAUGCAAACACUCACAACAAACAGCCUUCACCUCGGCCCGGGAUGGACAACCUGAAGGCGAUUCCUAUGUCUCAAAACCUCCGAAACCCAAGUCCCUGCAGGAAUUAUGAUGACCGCAGAUGGAGACAAAAACAGAGCAGAAGAAAAGAGACCUCAUAAAUCCUCCCAUCAGCUGUGUUCACUGCAGUAUAAGAUGAAUGAAUCAGCUUCUUUAUUUUUAUGUCUUAUAUAUAUAUUUCAUACUUCA